CAAUACUAGAGUUAAGGUAGGAACACCUUAGAACUACCUAGUAAUUUUUUAUACUUUGCAAUUUAUAGUAGUUUUACAUUGUACUAUUUAUAGGUACAUAAAUAAUAAUGUGUCCCAUUUUUUCAGAUAUUGCAAAAUUAUGCAUCGAUAAAGUCAUCUCACAUAAUGCACAGUAUAUAAAAGGCACAACAUGCAAACCGCAACGUAAAAAAAACAAAGCUUAUCAAGUUGAAAUGAUAACACUACUGUCAACUAUAAAAAAUCAAAACGAACAAAUAUCUGAAUUGUUAAAAGAAACUGCACAACCGGAAAAUUAUCGCCAUGAAUUUCAGUUUCCUAUAAAAAAUGAUGAUGAAUUGAAUGCAAUUGAGCUCGUGCUUAGAAAUGAACCAGGAAAAUAUAUUAAUUUGUUCAAAUACAUAAGAUCUGUCGGUGGACGACAUUUGGCAAACAGAGUAUCAAGAGUAUUAAAAAUACUUAUGCUAGAUACAAUGGCUUCAAAGUAUAAUUAUUUCGGAAAAGGCUCCAAAAGAGCAUUUUCAACAUUACUAUUGGGAAAGUGUGUUAUAGAAGCUAUUGCCAGUUCCACCCCAGACGUGACUGUCAAACAAGUAGAAGAUCAAAUUAAGAUAUGGUUGAAGCAUGCUCCGGAAAGAGCAAGAAAACAGGCUGCGUCCAACUACUUAUAAUGCACCUUAUGUAAUAAAAAGUUUAUAGAGAAAACGAAAUUAGUAUGUGGAAUGGAAUAUAGUGUGUAUUUUCCCUAUUAACUGGAUAUGUAAAACACAUAUCUGACUUUCUUUAUAUGGUACAAAUUAGGAUAUAACAAAUCGUCAUAGUCGUAGAAUACUGACGGAUCUUUAUAUGUAAUAUUUGUCAGAUCCGUCAGUAUUCUACGACUAUGACGAAAUGUAUUUAAGAGUGUUUAUCGGAAGCUUUCCUAAGUGUGUCAAUAUCAAAAAUAAUUAACAAUUUCGAAUAUUUUUGAUUGAUUAUUCAAAAAAGGUUCUGUUAACGAACUGAAAUAUUAUUUAACAAUCCUUUACUAAUAUUAUAAAUGUGAAAGUGAGUUUGUUGCCUCAUAGCGCCUUAACGGCUUAACCUAUCACUAUGAAAUUUGGUAUACACGCACUAUUUGGGACGAAGAAGGAUAAAGGCUACUUUUAUUCCGGUCAGUAAAGAUAUGUCGGUCACGCAGACUACAGUCCCAGGCGUGGGUAAAAGCUAAUAUUCUUAUAAAGGUAUCACUAAAAAUUUUUGAUUUUGGUAGCAAAAUUUAACAAAAACAGUAAUUAAACAGUAUAAAAAAACAGUAUUUGAAAAUUUUCGAAGCAAAAUAUGAAGUAGGUGCAAAGUAGUCUAUGUGUAAUAUUAUCGUUUUAAUUCACCAACAGAACACUUUUUAAUGUAUCUGAAAUAUAAAUAUAUUUUCAUUUUUGUUUUUAUCGAAACUUGAUCCGACACUACCUACCUACAUUCUUUUUACACCUAAAUUCUCACCUCUCUCUCUCUUUAGAGCGUUCUUAACAAAGUGACGCAACAUUUCAAUUAUCUGUCAAUUGUCAAAAAUAAUUGAACAUUUUCUUAUGUUUUCGAUUCUUAUUUAGAGUGCUCUGCUUCUCAUACAUAUGAAACAUAGAAUACGUUCAAACCAGAGGGAGACUUUGUACAAAACUCAUUUCCUUGAGUAACUCUGUCUCAUUCGUAUUUCUACUGUGAAGCAGUUGUUUGAAUGGCUGUGUUUCGGUUUAAAGAGUGGGAUAUGGCAGUGAAUUUACAGGGCACAGAGGCAUAACGCUUUAGUCCUCAGGAAUGGCAACUCAUGGGAGGUAUCAUGGGCGAUACAGAACAUUCUGUUAUGUACAUGGUACUGUUCAUGUCGUUAUUUGCCAUUGUAAGUUGCAUAAAAACAUUGCAUAUUAAUGUACAACUCAAAAAGUUAUACUUACUUCAUAUUUUGUUUUAGAAUUUUUUAAAUACAUUUCUGCCAUCACAAUCCAAAUUUUAGUAAAAACUAUAAUAUUGUCUAAUUAUUGUCGAUUUACUUUGCUAGCAGAGAACUUUUUAAUAAUCAGUCUGAAACUUUGAAAGGUCAUCAAUUGUUUUUAAAAAUUGACCUGUUUGUUCAGUUCACAAUGUCCAGUGCCAUUGUAAAUACACACAUUAUUUUUACUAGAAAUAAUUAAUUUCUUAAAUUUAAGAUAUUGCAAUACUUUGGUUAAAAGAACGUUAUUAAAACUAUGCAUUCGAUUUUAUUAAUAGGGACAAGCGAUUCCUUAUAUCCGAAGUAUAUUCUCUAAACUUAUUUCUUAACCUAAUAUUUUUAUUUGAUAGUAUAGCGAAAUUACUGUUUUAUGAACUUGUAAACCAAAAUUAUAAAAAUUUUGGCUUAAAUCUUUUAGGAAUUUAGUUAAUAAGGUGCUUGUCGGUGUGGUACCAGCAUAGAAUAGACCACUCCAUGCUUUCCUAUGGGUGUCGUUAGAGGCGACUAAAGGAACAUAAUGGUUCAUUGGUUCACAUAAAACAUCACUAAAAUCCUAACUGCGGUUGCCAACCCACAUGCCAAGCGUGGCAACUAUUGGCAAAACUUCCCUUAUGGAGAGGGCUUAUGUUCAGCAGUGGAUGGUUAACGGCUGAAAUCAUGAUGAUGAUGAUGGUCUUAAAACUAAAGACUUCACUGUGAUAUGUACCUCAAAAUAGGCCCCAAUAUUUGAACAAUGAAAAAUUUAUUUAAUGUUAAAAGUUUGGUAAGAACACGUUAUAUUUUAACUGCAUUUGUUUUAUUGUUCUAUAAUUACGUUUAGUUCUUAAUUUUUUUUUUCCUUUUUUGCAUAAUGGUGGAAAUUGCCAUCAUAACUUUGAAUGCCCAAAAAUUAUAUAAAAGAACACGUUCACUUUAAGUCGAUCGUGUCUGGAUAGCUUUUUAUUGUUCAUUGCGGAAAAAAAACAUAACUUUCAAAUGUAUUUUUUUAAACAUUUUUCUAUUAAUAUUGAUCAUGAAUUAUAUCGCCUUGAUUUAUUUCACCAAUAAAAAAAUCAUGCAAAAAAGGGUUAAAUAAAUUUACUUUUUAAAUAAUAUUGUUUAAUACCUUUGUCAGUUGCUACAUUAUAUAGUUUAGGUAUACAGGGUCCUCACUUCUCAAGGUUUGCCUUGAAGAGGUUGUUAUUUAGCGAAAAGGUCGCCUACCGUUGUCUCUUUAUCUUACUUUUAUGUAAGUAAGUUUAUGUAAAUAAUUUUUCAUUUUGUGUACAUAUUAUUAAUAUUAUAUUAGUUUCGCUGAAAAAUUAAAAAGUAUAUUUAAUGUUGAAUACAAGUUUUUGUUUUUCAAAAAACAGAUUCGAUAUUCAAAUUUUUAUAUAAACUCGUUAACCUUGAACAUGAUCCUAACAUAGCAUCGAGUUCAUACUAUCUGUCGAGCUUUGUACAACUCACUUGAUCUUGUCGAUUUGUUUAUAAUAUUUUUAAAAUUAAAAUUAUAAUUAAUUAUUUAGAUAAAAUAAGUGCGGCUAAUUAUCAUAUUGCUUUAUUAAUAUAAACUUUAUGUUUGCAAUGGAUAACUCAAAAACUCCUUGAUUGAUAUAAAAAAAAUUCAUGUAUUGAAAACUACUAAUUAUUAGUGAGUAGUACUUAUUUAAAAAAAAGAUGUGCAAAGCCGGUGGGGGGGGGGGGGGGGGGGUCUUUGGUUUAAUAUAAAUGUGACACUUUCUAAUCUGUUGAACGAUAUUGGUUCUUUUCUAUAUCGAGAAUAUGAAGGUGACGGUUACCAUUUUUAUCAGUUGAACCGUCACUUUUGUCACUGGCUUGUCAUUUUUAAUAUUUUGGUAUUGAAAUAAAUGUUCUUGAUAUGUGAUAAGUAUUUUUAUUUUGUCCAAGGAGUUUCUACUGCGAUAGUUAUGAGAAACAAGAAAUAAUUUUUUUUUUGCAUACCCCACUAGAUGACACUACAUCAAACUCUAACUACGAGUACUCGAUCGAUCUUAGUAAAAAAGGUAAAUAAAUAUAUACAGGCAACUAAUAUCUGUCUGUUAUCUGCUGAUUAUAUUAUAAUUAUGAAAGAUUUUAUACAAUUAAGCGAUGAAUGGAGUUGAAUGAGAUUUGUUAUAUAAAUAGACUACAAUAUUAUCCUAGAUUUAUACAGGAUACUUUUGUCCUAAUUUAGGCGGGUAAAUCCGCGACAUAUAACUAGUAUUAUAUGAUGAUUCCGCAAUGAAGUAAUAAUCGUUUAAUGCAGCCUGAAUUAAUAGAACUGUUACAAAUUGAAAUGAUCCAAUGGUAUGAGUCUUCUAAGAACAGUUUAUUUAUAGACAAGACUAUGUGUGUGUGUUAAUAUAAAUUUGCACCUACUUUUUGACGAUGGAAAACAUUAAUAUAUAUAAGUACAUUCUUCUUUAAGAGCUGUGCUCUUGUUGGUAGAUCUCUUGCCACUCACUGCGAUUUUCAGCGAGUCUCUUCACCUCUUGAUACGACACGACACCAACUCUCUUCCCCUCCUUCCUUCUAUCUUACCUUCUAUAAUAAUGUUCAUAAGUUCGUCGUGCCGUAUCAAGUGUCCCUACUAUUUUUACUUUUUGACCUUAAUUCCAUUAGCAUUCAUUAGAAAUAACAAGAUGAUAGAUUAAGGUAGAGAGAGUAAGAGAAUAGAGUAAGCAGAAGACGAGUCGUAAAUUAUCUGUAGAUAUAUACAUUAGUGCACGUAUAAGAAAAAUCACGAACACGAUGGAACGCCAACUCAUGUAUGCGGUAGCGAU